AUGCAAGUUACGCUCAAGUUUGCUGCUCUUGCCUUUUUGGCCCAGGCUGCAGUCAUCGCGGCGUUCCCUCUAUAUGGGACCAAUGGAGCAAGGACACGACAACGACCUCGAAGUCUGCGGUCCCACAAAGCGUCCUACGCCCGCACAACAGGCCAGCACAACCAGCGCGGCCAGUGGGGUGACCUGCGGGGCGACCUGCCCCAAAGGGAGCAGCUUGGAAUCAAUGUGUCUCGCAGUGCAUGGCCAGCAACUACUCCACGCCACCGCCUAGCCCACACAACAGACCUGCACAACCUGCGAGGCCUGCAAAGCCGGCGGGGCGACCUGCGCCAAAGAGCAAGGCUGGAAAGCGGGAUUUUGAUGAACUCGAAGCCCGCGGUCCUACAAAACGCCCCACAGCCAGCACAACCAGCGCGGCCAGCGUGGCCAAAGAUGAAGGCCGGAAAACGGGAUUUUGACGAACUCGAAGCACGCGGUCCCAUUAAGCGCCCUACACAACAAGAAUGUGAGGUCGCCUGUACGCUAGCUGGACACCAGGGAGCUGCUUGGAAUCAAUGCGUGUCGCAAUGCAUGGCCAGCAACUACCCUACGCCGCCACCCAGCCCGCACAACAGACCUGCCCAACCAGCGAGACCAGCGAAGCCCGCAGGACGCCCAGCUCCCAAAGUUAAAGCUGGAAAGCGCGAAGUCGAGGGCGCUGAUGAAGAGUGA